ACAGAAACCAUCCAAAUUUCACAAAAUGUUUUCUACAAAAAACACGGCAAAAUCAGUAUCGACCCCGACGGGACUUGAACCCGCAAUCUCCAGAUAUCUCCCUGUUUCAAAACCGAAGUCUGGCGCCUUAUCCGUUAGGCCACGGGAUCUAGUCACAGAAAAAACACGUUGGCAAUUCAAACUUUUCCAUUUGCAACGAAUCAAUCCUAAUCAUCAGGGCUUGAUAGGUCUUGGACCAGAACUCAUGUCCGAAGAAGAAGUAAAGGAGGCAUUAAAACUUAAGCUCAGUGAUCGUCUGUCCCAUAAUUUAUGGAAGGUACGAGAGCAAAGCUAUAAAGAUUUGGCUUCUUUACUUCAAAAACUUUCAAUCGACGAAAGCGCACGUUUUGAAGAGUACCAAGGUUGUCUUGUAAAACUUGCUAAAGAUGCCAACGCUGCAGCACAGCUUUCAGGACUGGAAGCUAUUAUUGUCUUCGCAGAAAGAGCUCCUUCUGUUAUGGUAAAAAAAUGUGCAGCAGAAGUUUGCAAAGCUGUGGCAGACAAAGCGUUUACCGGAAGACCAACCAACAAGCAAAGAGGACAUGAAGCAUUUCUAGCAUUUGUUUAUGCUGAGGCUGGAGAACAAGCAGUAGAGGGCAUCGCCACUGGUUUCAACCAUAAGACGCCAAAGGUGGUCUCUGCUUGCGUAGAUUCAGUUAGGGAAGCUGUAGACAUUUUUGGUAUUAACGCAAUCAAUGUCAAAUUUGUCGCGAAACUGCUCCCACCUCUUAUGGAACACAGUAAUGCAGAUGUUAGAAAUGCUACGAAAGCCUUGAUUGUCGAAAUGUAUAAGUGGCUUGGUGAAGCAAUAAAACCUAUUACUGAAAGCUUCAAGGAAGUGACUAAACGAGAAUUGGAAGCUACAUUUGAUGAAUGGAAAGGAGAAAAGCCUCGUCCGAAGCGUCUUACAAAGAGCAAAGAAGAGAAAGGAGAAGAUAUGAAUCAGGAUGGUUCAACGGAAUAUGAAGAAAAAGAUGGCAAUGAAGAGGAAGUCGAACAAUCCACUGACAAUGUACUAGAUUUGGCACCAGAAAUUGAUUUGCUUGCAAAAAUUUCACACAUGAAAUACGAAAUAGAUGAAGGCAACAAAGUUGAUUUCUAUGGUGCAUUGAAUUGUAAAAAGUGGUCAGUAAAGAAGCAAGUUCUGGAUGACGUUAGUUCCAACUGUGAAGGAAAGAAGAUCAUCAAUGGCGACUUCACUCCCCUUGUAAAGGAAUUGAAAAGAAUUCUUGCCAAAGAAGUGAAUGUGAAUGUAACUGCGGCAGCCUCAAGAUGUGCUGAAAGUCUUGCAAUUGGCUUGCGAGAAAAUUUUACAACUUAUAGCAGACUUAUUAUUGCAGAGUUGCUAUCAAGAUUAAAGGAAAAGAACAAGGUCCUAGUGGAUGCAAUUAUGUCUACAUUGAAGACUCUUUUCUGUAAAAAGUGUAUUCAACUUGUAGACAUUAAGGAAGAAAUAUCGACUGCUGUGUCGAAUAAGGUUCCUACAGCACGAGCACUGGCUCUGCAGUGGAUUGACAGUUGUCUACGUUCCAAUAUUUUUCCUGGUUCAUCUUUUAAAAGUAAUGCAAAAGAUCUAGCAUCAUUGUUUAUCAAAGCAAGUGAAGAUUCGACUCCUGAAGUGCGAGACGCUGCUCUAUCUUGUUUGGCUGCUUUAACAUGCUUAGUGGGAGAAAAUGCUUUAUCUUCUUUUAUAGACUCUCUGGACACCAUACGAAAAGAAAAACUUCAACAUUAUGUUUCGGAAGUACCUGCAUUACGAGGAUCAGUCAAUAAAUCUAGAGAUGUGGUGACAUCGAAAGAACAUCAACGUGAAAGUCAUACUGCCUCUACUUCAAGAACGGUCAAACGACGAGAUGACAAACGAAUGUCACUGCAGAGCACAAGACCAAGGCUUGCAUCCAAGACGAAACGUCACUCUGUGGCAAUAUCUUCAGGUUCUUCGAACUCCUCCAAGCCUUCAAAGCCCCCAAAAUCAACAUCAUCGACUCCAACUGCAACGAAGAAUAUUGCGUCAGCUUCUACUCAAGAACUUUCUGUAGCCAAGCCACAGUCAUCGGCCGUAUAUAGUGAACAACAAGAAUCUCAACUCAGUGAAGAAGAGCUUGAGGUUAACGCGAAACAGCUUUUUCCAAACAUUCCCAUCUCAAACUUCUCAAGUAGUGACUUUAAAGAGAGAGUGGCGGGUACAGAAGAACUUAAGAAUGCAGUUCCUGAACUAUUUCGUAGUGCUACUGAUGUCAAUCAUGUCGCAAAAGUUAUCUGCGCUGUGUUAUCAAAAAAUGGGGGACUGAAAGAUUCCAAUGCUAUUGUCGUUCGCAACAAACUAGAAAUCUUGAAGAUUGUGUGCCAGUUCUGUGAUAACAUUCAACCAGAGCUCCUAAAAGAGUUUGGUAUUAAUUCUGUUGAAAAGCUGGGUGAUCUCAAAUUUUCAUCAUUAGCAACUGAUUUCCUCUUAGAAGCAGCCGAAAUUGUGAUGCCAAUUACUGUCGCUCACAUUUAUGUAUCAAAGGCUUUAAAGGAUGCGAAGAAUCCCAAGUUAGUAGCCAACAUCAUUUCUUUCUUGGAGAAGUUAGUUUUAGAAUUUAAUGUUGAGACAACCCCGAAGGAUAUCAUAUUGUCUUUCCUUCCAUCGUUAUUUGAGAAUUCAUCUCCACUCGUUCGCUCUGGUGCAACCAAACUUGCUGCAGUCCUUCAAUCCAAGUUUCCAAACUCAUCUAUCCGUACUGCAUUAGAACAGCAUGGGGUAAAGUCGCAAUUGAUUGCGAACAUUGAAGGUGAAUUAUCUAAACUACCAAAGGACUCUGAAGUUGCCAAGAGAUCAAUACGUUCCAAUGUCAAGAUAGAUUUCAUUCAUUCUGUAGAAAAUAAUCUUGGUUCAUCUUUUUCCGAAAAGACUUGUAAAACUGAUAUUACUUCAAAAGUGACUUCAAAGCUUGUAAAUGAACUUGGUGAUAAAAACUGGAAGAUAAGACAGGAAGCUCUAAGCAGCGUCGAAAGUAUACUUCGAGAUGCAAGAUUUUCUAUCGAACCAAAUGUGAAUAUGGAACUGGUAAAUGCACUUAAAAGUAGAAUAAGUGAUACAAAUAGAAACCUUGCAGCAUUUGGAUUGAGUGUACUGGAAAAACUGCUUUUAUCAUUGGGAAACUGUGGCUCUAAUAUAGCAAAGCACAUAUUGCCUGCUGUUUGCACAAUAGGUAUCGCUGAUAGUAAGAAGAAUGUAAGGGAAGCUUCUUUGGCAUGCUUGGAACGUUGUAAAACAGAAAUGGGUUUGGCUUUUCUGUUGAAGAAUUUGCCACCGAUUUUGCAACAAGACAAUGCGCAACUUCGAAAAGAAAUUCUACAGUGGAUUCUUCCACAUCUCAAAUCAUGUGAAAACUACAAGUCCUUGGAAGUGACGGAAACUGAAGUUCUUGUCUGGGUCGACUGCGCAACUGUUGGUAUACAGAGUAAGACACUUGAAGUUCGUCAGCUUGGAGAGCAGUUACUUGAGUGGGUAUCACAACAAGUCGGUGUAUCAGUUGUGCAACGUCAAGUCAAAGCCAAAUCUGAAAACCUACUGACGCAAGUGAAGCCAAUUUUGGAAAGGCUAGAGAAUGGAUUAUCAGAGUCAGAGUCAACUCAAUCCAAGUCUCAAAGCUCUGGAAGUUCUCGAGAACGUGCUCUGAGGAGACCUCAAUCUACUGUUGUGACUACUAGUAUGAAACGAAAUUUGGGAGUUCAGAAAAGUUCCAAUAGCAUUGGUAAGAUUCGAGAGAAUACUGUAGGCGGAACUCCGAAGAAGCGAACAACUUCUGAAAAGUCAAAGGAGUGUGUUUUGAAAAGGAAUGAUGGACGAAAAAACCGAGAGAGUAGAGCACCCAAGAGGAAGCCUGGUGCAGCGUUUGACACAUUUUCAACAAUUAUUAUUGAGUCAGUUCAUAAUGAACUAAAGGAAAUUGUAUCUGCAUCGCUGUUUUCCAAGAUGAGCGCACCAAGCUUUAAUUUUAAAGAACACUUGGAAGCACUCGAAGAGUUGAACUCUGCCAUAUCUGAUGACGAAAUGGCAGCCUUGGAUAAUGAAGACAUAUUAUUCCGGUGGGUUGCUUUGCGCGUUAAUGAUGAAGGAAGCUCGUCUAGUAUGUUAAAAGCUUUGGAAUUCAUUGCAAACCUUUGUUCUAUCCUCGAGCGACAUGAGUUUUACAUUUCAGAUUAUGAAGCAAGUUUUCUUUUACCUGUAUUGUGUGAAAAGUUUGGAAGUCUGAAGCCAUUGAUUCGGAACAACGUGAAACGAUCCUAUCAAUAUCUAAAAAAGAUAUUGUCAAGGGAGAAAUUUAUCCCUUAUCUUAUUGACGGUCUCAAGUCCAAGAAUCCUCGUUCUAGAAUGGAAUGCUUGGAAGAAAUUUCGAUCAUUAUGGAGGAAAUCAACAUGGAAGCUUUUCCAAUGGAGACAGUUUUUCAUUUUGUGGAACACGUUUUUGAUAAAGAUUCUUCCAUCUCCAGACUUGCUCAGACUAUUUUGAAUAGAAUUUAUUCUAAUGACCCUGGCCAGUUUUGGAAGAGAGUUGGGGAUAUAUCAGAAGGACAACGACACGGACUGGAGGAAAGACUGGGAAUGAAUCAGUUGAAGACACCGGAGAAGCGCAUAAGCAGACAGAUUACUGGCAGUUCUCUUCAAAAGCCGAAAAUUUCUUCUGCUAAUAAACUUUCGUCACGUCAGCGUUCAGAAAACUCUCACGGGACUGUCAAUGAAGAAAGGCAAAGUCGAGAAUCUCCAAAUAAUGUUCGUGAAUCGAUGCAGACAUCACUACCUGAACCUAACAUUGCUGAAUUUAAGCUUGAUACGAAGGAAGGCACAAACAUUGGGUCUUCUUCUUCAAGAAUUCCUGUGAUAUCAAAGAGUUCCUCGUUUCGACGUGCAUCAACUUCAAGCGAAGCAAAAAAUUCACCUAAUUUUAGCGAGAAAAUGAAGUCUACAGAAAUGAUGGAUGCUGUCAAAUUGGAACAAGGUCUUGAUUCUCCCGUGAACGUUACUAUUGCGGAUAGUAAAGAAUUCACACAAAUGGGAAGCCCUCAGAAGAAUGAAAACGUCGCCUCCUUGAACGCUCGAUAUCAUCGGAGAAGUAGAAGCAAAUCAUUUGAUGCUUUGACGGGUUUAGAAACGGGUAACAAUGAAACAAAAAAUGCAAUGGACUCAGAACUUUUAUCUAAUGGAGUUCAAAUGGAAGAAAAUGUGACAAAUCGUUCAUCGAUAUCAUCAGAUAAUGAUAAGAGUUUUCCUGUAGCAGCAACAGUAUCUUCGAAGAUGCGACAAAUGGAACCGACGCAAGUAAUCGAUAUGCUUUGUACUAGUGAAACAGAUACACAAAUCGAAGGUGUUAAAAGUUUUUGUCUUGUUCUUCAGAGUCCUUCUAGUGAAAGUCUUUUUUUGCCAGAGUCUUCUACUAUUACUCAAAUUUUACUAGACCAUAUUCGUAAUGUCUUUGAUUCCUGUGCUGGUGAUGAGAUGAAUAUCAGAAAGUUGAAGUAUUUUUUGAAUGGUUUGAUGCAAAUCUGCUUGAGAAAAAGUUUUGUUGCUUUGUUGGACCCACAAAUUUCCUUAUGUUUGCUGGAUGAACUACUCACAAGACUAUUGUCUACUCAAAUACCUUUGUGGAAAGAUGGAAGUCAAGUUGUACGGGCAUUGAAUUUAUUGGUACUGAAAAUUUUAGAAAACUCAGAUAGGACAUCGUUGUAUAGUGUCUUAUUUGAACUUUUAAGUAAGGAAGAAGACUCUAUAUUGAGAGAAAGUGAUAGCAGAAGUGUUGAACAAGCAAAGAAGAAGAUUUCUCUGAUAGUGAAAUGUAUCUCGAAACUUUCCAAAACUGGAUUUUCGUCAGUUAAUGUCGCCAUGUUAUUGAGAGAUAUUCAUGUAUAUUUAACCGCGCGUUGUGCCAAGAAAGGUCGAAAACAAAGUAUUCAAGGAGACACUGCGAGUGAAAGCUCAGAUUCAGGAUUUCAAAUGGUCACAGUUUUGCUGGGUGAUUUGGUGAAGAUUCAUGGCAGUCAAAUAUGGGAAUUCACCAGUCUUAUUCCAUUGGAAACGAAACCAGUGUUGAGUCGUCUACUACAAGAGUUUCUAGAUGGCAAGACAGCUCCAGUUGAAGGCUUUAUGAAGGAAGUUUUACUAGAGUCUCCUACGGAACCUCGAGCACCUCCUGAAACGGUAUCUCGUGAAAGUCUCGAAAAGAUUUUCGAAAGGAUAAGUACGAAAGAACAUACAAAGAAUGGUCUACGAGAGCUAUAUGAGUUUCGCCGAAUAUAUCCUGAUGUGGACUUGACGCCUUAUCUGGACGCGACCAGUUUUGUAUUUCGAGAAUACAUUGAGAAGGGUUUAGAAAGUAUUUCAUUGGAAGAGCAACACAGGAGAGGAAAGACAACGCAGGAGGAGACUUUCAAUGUUUCGCUCUCUCAUGAUAUAUAUUCGCAGAAGCUAGAAGAACUUAAAGUGUCGUCAAAUAACAGCAGUGACAAUUGGAAAAGUACUUCCAGUUACCGAGAUCGUUUUGCAACUGUCAACUCUCGUGAAGAUGAUGAUUCCUUUCACCGAAGCAAUAGUAGAGAAAUAUCCGUUCAUUUGAAUUAAAGCUCUUUUUUCGGUUGAAAGUGUUUGUAAAUGCCAACUUAUCCUUUUCUUUUCAUAUGAAACGUUCUCGUUUCACAAUAAAUAAAAUAAAGAUCGAACAGUAUCU